UUCUGCUCUCCAUUUUAAAUUCCUGAUAGAUCGUCGAAUCGAUCGAUGGCCGGCGCCACUUCUCCUAGGGCGGUCGCCGUCGCCGCCUGCGUCGUCGUGCUGAUCCUCCUGUCCUCCGCCGUGGAGCCGCUGCAGGCCACGGCGGCGGCGCCGAAGACGAAGCCGUUCCCGUGCAGCAAGUGCGACCACGCGUGCAAGAAGUCGUGCAAGGGCAACGGCCGCGACACCUCGUGCAGCGCCCCCUGCGGCGACCCCUCCAACAAGGCCGGGUGCAAGAGCUGCUUGAAGGCCUACUACGUGAAAUGCCUCAACUACUGUGGCCAGGGCUGCCGCGCCGUCUGCAUCAAUUAAAUCAAUCGGCAUCUAGCUAGUAAUAAUCCCUGCGUACGUGUUGAUGUCAUUGUGAUCUACUGCGACUUGUAGACGAGCAGGUUAACAGUAACAGAUCAGUGUUAGUGUGUUACUGCGUGUGAUUAAAUAAGCGAGGCUAUGUCAACUCCAUCUUUGGAAUAUGCUUAUAUUUAUAAGCUUAAAUUUAAAAUUUUAAGUUAGAGUUGAUUCUGGUUUUUUUAUCGUAUUUUAU